AUGGUCGCCCACGGAGAUGACACAGCAAUGGGAGCCAUGGACGGUAUGAGCGAUUCAACCUCCACCUCGCACAGCGGCAUGACCAUGGCCUUCAUCACAUCCACAAACACGCCUCUCUACUCCCUAACCUGGACACCGCAGAACGCCGGCCAAUACGCCGGAACCUGUAUUUUCCUAAUCUUCCUCGCCGUCGCCCUGCGCGCCAUCUUCACCGCGCAAACCUUCCUCGCCAUCAGAGCGACGAAGAGCGCACUCAAGCGACGCUACGUCGUGGUCGCAGGCGAGAAAUCAGUCGCUGAACAGGCGCUCGACGAUGGCAGCUCGACAACGGGUGUCCUGACUACCAACGGCGUACAGGAAGAUGUGCGGAUUGUGUCAGCACCGGUGAGACAUGUGCAACCGUGGAGAUUUGGCGUCGAUCUUCCUCGUGCACUGUUGACGGCUGUUGCGGUCACGGUCGGGUAUCUUCUCAUGUUGGCGGUCAUGACUUAUAAUGUCGGUUACUUUCUGUCGGUUAUCGCAGGUGCUUUUGUGGGAGAAUUAGCGUUCGGUCGGUUUCAUCAAGGGGGCAUGGGUAUGUAA